GGACCCGCCCUCUCCUUUUUUGGAAUCAAAAAACGAAACCAAGGCUGGCUUCCGGGAGAAGCGGCUAUGGCUGCCGGGGGUGUCGUGGAGGGGCUGUGCGACGAAUCCAGCUGCCCCAUCUGCCUGGAAUACUUCAAAGACCCCGUGAUUUUGGACUGCGGGCACAACUUCUGCCAGGCCUGCCUCACCCGGCACUGGGCGAAAGCUGGCCGAGUGGCGUCCUGCCCCCAGUGCCGGAAACCUUUCGAGCAGAGGAAUUUCAGGCCCAACCGGCAGCUGGCCAAUGUGGUCGAGCUAGUCAAGAAGCUGGAGUUGGGGAAGGGCGCCAAGAGGAAGAGGGGGGAGUGCGAGCAGCACCAGGAGCCCCUGGAGCGCUUUUGCGAAGACGACCAAGCGGCCAUCUGCGCGCUCUGCGAGCGCUCCGAAGAGCACCAGGAUCACAAAGUGAUCCGGGCAGAGGAGGCUGCCCGGCAGUAUAAGGAAAAAAUCCAGGCCCAGCUUCAGUCUGUGGAGAAAGAGAAACAAAAUCUUAUGGAUCAGAAACUGACUGAAGAUCAGAGGAGCAAGCAGGGUCUGACCCAGGUAGAACUAGAGAAAAAGAUGAUUGGGUCUGCCGUUGAGCAGACACAAAAGUUUCUUGAGGAGAAGAAACACUUUUGGCUGGCCCAGUUGGAUGAUCUAGAAAAAGAAAUGCAGACGAGACAGGAGGAAAAUGUCACCAGAUUCUCAGAGGAGAGUUCUCGUCUCAGUAACCUGAUCACGGAGAUGGAAGAGAAGUGCCAGCAACCAGCAAGUGAAUUCCUGCAGGAAAUCGGGGACACCCUGAGCAGGUACCAGAACGAGCAAGUGAGGCAGCAGCUGGCAGUUUCUCCAGGCCUGGAAGAGACCCUCAGAAGUUACUCUCAAAAAAGAUCAGUCCUUAAAAAGGCCAUGGAAGAGCUUGAAGUGUCUCUGGAGCGAGCUCGGAACAAAGUGAACGUCACUCUGGAUCCAGACACGGCACAUCCUGAACUCAUUCUGUCUGAGGAUCUGAAGAACGUGAGAAGAGGCUGCAGAAAACCAGAGCUGCUCGACAACCCCGAGAGAUUUGACAGAAUGCCCUGUGUGUUGGGCCGUGAGAGAUUCACUUCAGGAAGACAUUCAUGGGAGGUGGAAGUGGAAGAGGAAAAAGGAGCAUUGUGGGCCAUGGGGGUUGCAAGAGAGACUCUCAGAAGGAAGGGAGAUACCAACCUUAAUCCCAGGGAGGGAAUCUGGGCUUUGGGGAAGGACUCACUUCCAUGUCAACUCUGGGCUUUUACCUAUCCUGAGUGGACUGCUUUGAACUGGAGAUAUCAGCCCAAGAAGAUCCGGGUGUCCCUGGACUACGAAGAGGGUCAGGUGGAUUUUUUCGAUGCUGAUGCAAACAAACUGAUCUUCAGCUUCCAGACAGCCUCAUUCUUUGGGGAGAGUAUCAGACCCUUUUUCUGGCUGUGGUCAGAAGUCGAAUUGAAGUGCUAGAUCUUGAGCAGAAUCUCCACCACUGUCAUCACUUUAAACCUAAGUAGUAAGGACGUAACACACUCUAGCAUUUUCCCAAUACCCGUGCAAGAAAGAACAGCCUUGGUGCUUUUCAGUCAGGAUUCUGCUUCAUGGUUCAAAACUUCGAUUAGGACAAGAAUGGUGGAAGUACAUGAGAAUCAUUGUGUUGUUGUUGUUGUUUUUUAAAUCAGAACAGGCAGGCUCGAACUACCUUUUAUCAGAGUACUUUGAAAUAAUCAUGUCCUCUACCCAAACAUGGUAAAAUGAAGAAUCUAAGUAGGGUUGAAAAGUUGUUAGGGCUUUUGUGCAUUAAAAGAUUGAUGAUGGAAUGAUGUAGAGUAGGCUUUCCCUUCCCUGCAUUUCUAUCUAUUGAAUUAUGUCAGUCAUGGGGCUUUAACAGAAGAGGAACCUCGGGGGUGGGGAGGAGAGUCAUUCUUAUCUAAAUUAUUUUAACUUCCAGGUGCAGAGGACAUGAUUAUUUCGGUCCACUGCAGCAUAAGGAAACUUUGAGCACUACUUGGGUAAGAAUCCUCUAUAGGCAAGGAAAACUGACCAGGGCAAGAAGAGUGAGGGGAGGGAAGGAAGGAAAUUGGGCAGAGCAGUUUCAUAGAGAUUGGGGAGAACUUUCCAUCUGUGAUAUCAAUGCUUGUUUAUCUUUCAGGUGAUCUUUAGGAAAUAGGCAGAUUAGACCUUCAUCUUUGCAAACAUAUUGAGUUUCUUCCAUUACUGCUUUAAAUAUUAUUCAUUUGCUAUUAAACAUACCAAAUUUGUUAAUGGAGUAUAAAGUCUAGUUUGGAA